AUGCAGGAUGAAAACAAUAAAAACAAGCCUAAGCUCGAUCUCAGUUCGAAUCGUAUAGCAGAGAUUGAAGAUGAGAACCUGGUGGGCCUGUCGAGCUUAACCCAUCUGCACUUAUCCAAUAAUUCAAUAUAUCAUCUGGAUGCAGCGGUAUUCGAAUCCACCUCACAGCUACAGGAGCUGUAUUUGGCUCGCAACCUACUCAUCCAGGUACCAUUGGCCCUCGGCAAACUGUUCAAACUCAGGCAUCUUGAUCUAUCCAGCAAUCAAAUCAGGUUUGUUGCUCUUUACUUGCAUCGUACCUUUAAUUAUGAUUUAUCAUGA